UAUGGCCAUUUCAGUGGCAGGCGCGGAGCGGUGGACUGAGUUGUCUCUUCACGGUUCUCACGUCUGUGAUAAGUCCCGCCUCCCGCCGCACGCUGGACACGUAGCUCUACAAGUGAGAAAUAUGUCAGAGGUACCUCCAUCAUCUGUUGUAAUCCCGGCGGACUUCCCACCGAAGCCUCAUCCCCGGCCCAAGAAGGGAGCCAGCAUCUACAAACUCAUCGUGUCCAUUGUGGCCGAGUCCAAGGACCGCAAAGGAAUGUCUCUGACGGCGCUCAAGAAGGCUCUGGCAGUGAAAGGCAUCAAUGUGGUCAAGGGCAACAAGCGCAUCAACAACGCCGUUACGAAGCUGGUCACAGGAGGAACCCUGAGCCGAACCAAAGGGACCGGAGCGUGCGGCUCCUUCAAGCUCGCUAAGCCUAAGAGGGAGCCAAAAGCCGCCAAUCCAAAGAAGGCGGAGAAGACGGUUCCCGCCAAGGCAAAGCGACCAGCCAGCAAGAAGGUCAGCGCUCCCAAAAAACCCGCCAAUAAGAAAGCAGCGGCCAAGAAGUCCCCGAAGAAGUCCCCGGCAAAGAAAGUAGCUAAAAAGGUAAAGAAGAGCCCCAAGAAGACAGUGGCAAGGAGACCGAGGACUGUGAAGAGGCCGAAGACUGCAAAGAAACAAAAGGUGGCUAGGAGACCCACAGCUAAAAAGCCAGUAGCCAAGAAAAGGCCAGUAAAAGGGCGCCCAGCUAAGAAGGCUAGGAGGUUCUAGUAACUCUGCUUCACUCACUGCUUA